CUGACCUAGACGCCGACAAACAGAGGGGAGAAGGCAGUCUGAGCUGCAAGGUCGUAUUGUGUGGAUGUGCCGCGUCUUUACGCUUGCAGAUCGUAAAAAGAGGGCUGAAAAGAAGAAAAAAAGGAAACAAAGUACAGAGUCUAAAACCAAUUGGGGACUGUAUUUCGGAGGACUGGUUCAACCAGCAUCUGUUUGAAGAGAUCUUUUUAAGGGCACAAUUGUGGAUAUGUUUGAACGCAAGAGUGCUGCAGAAACACACCACGCUUAGAGACUGGAUUUCAUGAGCUACUUUAAUUUUGUCCGUGGUGGUGGGGCAAACUUGGACGCCGUGGCUUUUUAAAGAAGGAUUUAUCUGAUUUUAUACAAAACGGGUGUGCUUUUUGGGGCCAGAAAUCAUGGAGACUGUACCAAGAUCUAGUUUUCAGCCUCAUCCAGGACUCCAGCAAACCUUAAAGCAGUUUCAUCUCAGCAGUAUGAGUUCGCUUGGAGGACCGGCGGCUUUCUCUGCUCGAUGGGCUCACGAAAUGAUGUACAAAAAGGAAACUGGGAAAGAGACAGAUCAGAUAAUUCAUCUACCUAUACAGCCCCCUCCUGUCAUGCCGGGACCCCUCUUCAUCCCCUCGGACCGAUCAACGGAGAGAUGCGAGACCAUUCUGGAAGGGGAAACCAUUUCUUGUUUCGUGGUUGGUGGGGAGAAGAGGCUUUGCUUGCCUCAGAUCCUGAACUCUGUGCUUCGAGAUUUUUCUCUCCAACAGAUCAAUUCAGUAUGUGAUGAAUUACAUAUUUACUGCUCUAGAUGCACGGCAGACCAGCUGGAGAUCUUGAAAGUCAUGGGGAUCUUGCCUUUCUCUGCCCCAUCCUGUGGCUUGAUCACCAAGACAGACGCAGAGAGGCUUUGCAAUGCCUUACUCUACGGAGGAACCUACCCUCCCCAUUGCAAAAAAGAAUACUCCAGCACCAUUGAGUUAGAGAUCACAGAAAAAAGCUUCAAAGUAUACCAUGAGUGUUUUGGGAAGUGCAAGGGACUCUUUGUGCCUGAAUUGUAUGGUAACCCUCAUGCUGCAUGUAUCCAGUGCAUGGACUGCAGGCUUAUGUACCCUCCUCACAAAUUUGUAGUACACUCGCACAAAUCAUUGGAAAACAGAACCUGCCACUGGGGUUUCGAUUCGGCCAACUGGAGAGCCUACGUCCUUUUGAGUCAGGAUUACACAGCAAAAGAAGAGAAGGCACGAUUGGAACAGUUGCUGGAUGAAAUGAAAGAGAGAUUUGAUUACAGCAACAAAUACAAAAGAAAAGCACCCAGGGUGCCUUUUGACCAGACCGUGUUUAAAAAGUUCAAGCAAGAUGAAAUCACUUCAGAAUCUCCGGCUGUAACUGAGAAGGAGAAACCCCCUGAAUGGUGGCGAUCCUUUUCCUCACCAUCUAGCACUAAGAACGUUCUAAGUAGCAGUUGUGCACAUUCUCAACAAAGACUCUCCGCCUUCAGGCCCUGGUCACCAACCAUUUCAACAAGUGAAAAAGAAACCCUGACUCACCUUCCUGCACUGGCCCGAGACAGUUUCUAUGCAUACAAAAGUUACGAAGGUUCAGUGGCACCAAACGUAGCUCUGACACCACUGCCCCAGCAGCGGAAUGGACGACAGUCACCGUCAGCCACCGCAGUCACACAGAACAUCGCGGCUCCAAGCGAAGCUAACAGACCUCGGAAAAGGAGGGCAACGGCAGAAUCACAGCUAGAACAGGAAACAGCUGCUCAGCUUGCUGCCGUGUUUCCUUCGGAAGACAAAGAUUCAGAUGCUGAAGUAGAGGUUGAGAGCAGAGAAGGAUUCACUUCAUCGUUGUCUUCACUUUCUUCUCCCUCCUUCACUUCAUCUGGCUCAUCAGCAAAAGACCUGAGCUCACCCGGAGUGCAAGUUGCAUCUAAUGGUGUAUUCGAGACUCCAGGCCACACAGAUACACACAACAGUGGAUUAGAAGUGGAGCUAGAACACUUGAGGCAGGCCUUGGACAAUGGAAUUGACACCAAGGAAGCCAAGGAGAAAUUCUUACAUGAAAUCAUUAAGAUGCGAGUAAAGCAAGAGGAAAAACUGAAUGCCGCUUUGCAAGCCAAGCGCAGCCUACAGCAGGAACUUGAAUUUCUCCGUGUUGCCAAGAAAGAGAAACUACGUGAAGCCACGGAGGCCAAACGUAACUUAAGGAAAGAGAUAGAGCGUCUUCGAGCGGAGAAUGAGAAGAAAAUGAAGGAGGCGAAUGAGUCGCGGAUAAGGCUAAAACGAGAACUAGAACAAGCAAAACAAAUCCGGGUCUGUGACAAAGGCUGUGAGGCUGGGCGACUGAGAAUCAAAUAUUCAGCGCAGAUUGAAGAGUUGCAGGUCAAGUUACAGCAUGCUGAGGCGGAUCGGGAACAGCUGCGCGCAGACCUCCUUCGGGAGCGAGAGGCACGGGAACACUUGGAAAAAAUGGUGAAAGAGCUUCAGGAACAACUCUGGCUGAAACCAUGCAACUCCACUACCAGCAAAGUGGUUUCAAAAGACAGUGAAAUUUAAAAGAAAAUACAUAAAACUGUGUGUUUGUGUGUGAAUGUAUGUGUACAUAUUCAUACAUACACACGGAGGAUACAAGAGUUGACUGUUUUCGGAGAAAGAAUGUUACUUCAGAUAUGCACUGAAACUACCCUCCCCUAAGUGACACAACACAGCACAGCACAGAAAAUAUGUGCCUGCCAACCUGCCAGACUUCAAAUACUAAGCCGUUCUUGAGAUACUUUACUGCGGUUAGUGACAGCACCAAGGAAUUUUUUUCUAAAAUUUAUUUUUUUCUCUACAACGCAUCAUACGGUGUACAGGAUUCCUGGACAACUGUCAAUUGUAGUACCAAAUAAACUAAAAGGGAGGAGGAACAAAAAAGGGUUGGGGAGGGGCAACAGUACUUUCUCUGGUUAAUUUACAGAACUCUUCAAAUUCUACUCUACUUUUGUAAUAAGCUAUUGAAGUAUAGAAACAAAAAAAACUGUUUUGAAAACAGAAGACUUGAUUUUAAACCAAGUUUGAAUUAUGUGCAGUUGUUAUGAAAAUUUUACUUCUCCCUUGAUAUUUCUUGUGCGGUUUCCCCAGGAUUGUCUGUUGUGUAGGCUGCUGAUGCUCCCAAUACUUUCCAUUUUUUUCUUGAUUUCGAGAACUUCACCAUGAGUCAAAUGAGAAGCCAUGAAACAACGUUACUACAAACCCCUUCCUUUAAACAAAAGGAAAAUGGCUCGUGGAGACUUUCAAAGACAUUUUCAUCCCCCCACCCGACCCUCAUCUUUAGUUGGAUUAUUUUCAGCUGGUGGGGGAUGUGAAAACUUGCUUGGCCUUAACAGUGACAGAGCAUUCUACAGAAAGACUUGAAGUUUUUUGUUUUUGUUUGUGUUUUUGUUUGAGAGUAGUGAUAAAUGGAUGUGUUCAGAAUGCAAUUCUAGUUCCAGUGCACUUCAGUUAAUAGAAGAAAAUGGAUGGAGGAAGAGAGAAAUAUCACAAAAAAAAACUGGGACAAUUGUUAAGAGAUUACAUGCAACAGCAAAAUAAGUCAUUAUGAUUGGGACACCAUUCCAAAAUACAUGCUUUUGCAACCAAUAAAUUUAAUAAAAGCAGCUUUUUGUAAUGGCUGCUUUACUCUGUUCACAGUAUUUACAGUGCUCAUUUGUUCACUGGUAUUAUUGUAUUUUUUUCAGUUCUGUUGUUUUUGAUUGUUAUUUUGUUUUUUUUUGCUUUGUAAUGUUCAGUAAUUCAUUCUGUUCGCUGAACUAACAUUUGCAGAGUACAGGAUCAAUUGGGUACCUUGCUAGUAUGAGAUACAUGGUGCUCCCUUAAAGUUCAGUGAUAGGACUACUUGCUUUAUUAUAUGAGCAGACAUCUCUUUUGUUAAACAAGCUGCAGUAAGGCUAAACUCACAUAGACACAACUUCUGCACAGAACAAAUUUGAAUUCAUUAGUUAAUUUCUUACGGCUAGGAAUUUGUUGUGUUUUAAUUCACUUCGUGAGGGGUGAAAGGUGCAAGGGGAAACUGUUCUGUAUUUUUUUUUAUCCUUUGCUGUUCCUUGCUUCAGUUGUUUGAACUGUUGCAGUCCUACAUUUAGGCACUCAGCUUGAUUACCAAACAGAUAUAAGGUAUUCCAUCUUAGAGGAGUCAAGAACUAUGAUUUUUUUUUUGUUUGCUGCACUUUUUUUUUGUCUUCCCCCCCCACCCCACUCCCUGUUCACAACAUCUGAUAGUUUUUCCUCCACUGUAACCAUUCUCCCCCACUAAGAACUGUGCUCCAUUAUCUAAGCCACAAAACAGGAAUGUGAUGCACACAGCCGUGAGUCACUGUCGCCGAGGCGCGCAGCACUGACACGUGGUCUGACUUUUGUGGACCACCGUCCCCGCCCUAGGUAACCCAACCAAAAUGGGGAACCACAGCAUGAAGCUAGACCUCCUGCUUAAAAUUCUGUGGCACUGAACUAUCCCACCUUGGCUUGUUCUGCUGAGAAUUUGUAUGGCAACCAAAACAGUUUUGAACUGUGCAGGGGGUACGUGGGAGUGGUGGGAAUGAUGGUGACAAAAAUAUCGCAAAUAUAUGUUCUGUAUCCUCUGCAUUUUCUCCAAAGCCCUAGUGUAGGACCCAAUAAGAUCUAGUAAUCUGAUGUUAGUGUAAUUCUCUGAUGAUAUAAACUACAUUCAUAUGUUUUUCUCUCUUAAUAUUUAAAAGACACCCGCUACUGUGUUUCAUUAAUAAGGCUAAAAAAAAAAUAUUUAUCACAUGGAAUGAAUAAAAGAAUUUAAAAACGUUUUAAGAUAUUCUGCAUGAAUCCAGUAUAAUAACCAUUGUUACUGUGAGAUUUAAGAGGUGGAUCUUUAGAAUUUAGGUACAAAAUGAAAGCUAAGAUUCAGAGUUGUCAGGGCCGCUCAAGAGUUGUGGGUUGUGUAUGAUGUAAAACGAAAAUCUGGAGGAAAUGGGAUGAACAUCGUAAACUUUUGUAAGGGUGUAACCCUGGAUUGUGACAAUCCCAGUACUUCAUGGGAACCAGCUUCACUUGUGUGAAUACAAAAUUUUGAUACAAAAAAACACAAUUCCCCCAUAAUGAGUGCAAUGCAAAAGGAGCAUAAUCAUAUUUAUGCAAUUAUGUGGAAUAUUUCUGCUUUAUCUGUUUUUUUUUUCCGAAUGAGAAAACUCAAUAUCUUUCAUAUGCAUGGAGUUCAAUAUUUCUACCAUACAGUACUCUUUAACGGGCAUUAAAACUUGUAUAUUUAAGGGGUUUUAUGUUUAUAUAAUAUGCAACAAAAAAAAUCAGCCUUAUAUGUCAUUAUCUCUCCUUUCCUGGUGUCUCACGCAGUCUGUUUUAUUGACUUUUUCUUGUUUGAUACGGUAAUGCAAAAAAAGGAGAGGUGGUACAUUAGUAGUUACUGACUCUCCUGGCAGAAGAAAUGUCUUUUUGUUCUGUGUUCUUUUGUAAGCCGCUUAUUGUUCAGUCAGUCGUGACGAUUCACGUUACUUCAGAGUUUCAAAUAAAUUGUGGAAAAAAAAAGCAAAAAAAAAGUCAGGAAAAAAAGUUUUUUUAAAUGAAAACAUUCUUCAGCAAUAAUGCUUUAUACCUGAGGGGCAGCUAACUACAGCUGGGUUUUUACACCAAUCAUGUCCAGAGUUACUUGAUGGAAAAAUUUUUUUUUUGUUCAAAUAGUUAUUAGUUGAAUCAUGUAGAGUUUUGCAUGCAAAGGAGAGAAAAGUGCAGAAAAGGGUUUGAUUACAACAAUAAUAACAGCAAAAUAUAGUGUUUUUCAUAUUUUUAUGUUAAUGUAGUUUUUUUUAUUAUUUUUUUUAUACCGGUUAGUUCUUUGUGUGUGGCGUGCAUGGGUUGUCUUGUUUUUUAAGUAAUGUAUACAUAACACAUAAAGCAGUAUUUUAAUCCUUACAGCACAGUAAUGCAAUAAUCUAUUAUUAUAUGGCACAGUCUCCAUUUUGAUUCUACGAUUCCCAUUGGCUAUUGUUUGGUCAACUGAUGCCAGUUAUUUCCAUAUGGUAACAAGGGAUUUUUUUUUAAAAAUGGAAAUCAAAUAUAAACUCAACGCUUUGAAUAAAAGCCAUGAGCCUUCUAUUCAAGGGGACCUAUUGGCAUAAAAACCCAGUAAUCAUUUUAAACUGCUUCACUACAAGCUAGCCAAUGUACAAAAAAAAACUUGUAAAUACUUGUUUUCAUUUUAUGCUGUGUAUUAUAAGUGUAUAUUGUGCUCACCUACAUUUUUCUCUCUCUUUAAUACGUCAUAGUUGUCCUGUUAAUUGAUUGUGUUAUUGCCUGAAUUACUGCAGUCAGUAAUUGCUUAUUAGGGAACCCUUUGAAAUGGGUUCCACCUCUCCCCCGCCCCUACCACACACAUCCCCAACCACCCUCAACCCUUGUCUUUUUAUUGGUGUUUGAGAAAUCUCACUUUAAUAAUUUUCCCCCAUCCUAAAAGGCUGUUUUUUUUUUUAAAAAAAGACAUCAGAUUUUUACUCUCCUUGAAAUAAUUUUUUAAAAACCAUGAAUAAUUGUUAUUUGAUCUUGAAUGACACUAUAUUUGGGACUUUUUACUGCUUUCUUCUUUCACAUCAGCCAGCAGGACUCACAGUCAUGUUACCUAUGCAUUUCAGCAUAUUUAUAUUUGAUUUUUCGUACAUAAGCUGCUGCUAAAAUAAGCAACUUAAUUUCCAUUCUUUAGAAUAUUUUUAUGUAAUAAUAAAUGUAUGCUUUCUUGUUUAUAAAUGCCUAAACAAAGAACUUGCUCAGCUUAUUUAUCCACUGCGCUGUGUACCUGUCUGUCUUUUUCCCCAUGCCCCUUAUCACUGUUCCACUCCCUGCCCUUUCCACCAGUAAUAUUGUAAAAUAAAGGACUUGAUGAGAUAUGUAUGAAAUAGCAAUGCAAAACCACAGUUUGCAAUGGACACAGUGACUGAAUGUACAGUGUAUAGAUGGCAUUACCAUAAAUAAAAAAAAUGUUUGCCCAGAA